AUGGCUUGGGACGACGAAGAUUUUGAUAUUCCUUCCAACAGCAAGACGGCAGUGUCUUGGGAAGACGAAGAAGAUGAUGAUCCAGUUUUGGAAUCUUGGGAUAUUGACCCCGAAGAAGAGGCAAAGAAAAAGAAAGCAGAGCAAGAAGCAGAGGCUAAGAAAAAAGCCGAAUUGAAAGCUAAGGAAGACGAGGCCAAAAAGAAGAGGGAUGCCAAGAAGAAAGAAAUGGAAGAAUUCGAUGGGUUGGAUGAAAGAACAAGGAAGGAACUUUUGAAGAAGGCUGAAUUGAAUGCCGAUUUGAACAAUGCAGCAGAUCUCUUUGGCGGAUUGGGUGUUGCCGAAGACGGUGACGAAGAUUUCGACAUUAAUGAGCAUCCACGAGAAAAAGCUAGAUUGGCAGCACUUCAGGCAGCUCGUAGCAAGCCAGUGUUGACAAAGGAUACCCCCUUAGAAGACCAUCCAUUGUUCCAACCAACAAAUAAGCAAGAGUAUGAGAGAUUGAGAAAGACAUUGGGAGCAACAUUGACCGCAUUAAGCGAAGACAGCUCUUUAUUGUACGCUUCAAGUCUAGCAAUUGAUUUGAUUAGAGACUUGACCCAGCCAUUAUCAGUAGAGAAUACAAGAAAAGUUGUUAGUACAUUAAAUGUGGUUGUUAAAGACAAAGAGAGACAAGAACGAACUGCUAGAUUGAAGAAAGCCGGCGGUACUUCCACUGGUGGCGCUGGUAAAAAGAAGGCUAAGCCAGCUGCAAGACCAAACGUUGGAGGUUUCAAGAAGGACGAGUUUGAUGAUAUGGGGGCAUUCGAUGACUUGGACGACGACGACUUUAUGUAA